AUGAAUCCAGACAACAGCGAAUGCGAGGUUGUUUGGAGAGACAUGACAGUUGAACCAGCAUACGGACAACCUGAGCAAAAUGCCAUAGUGAACAGAACUAAUGGAAAGAUCAUGCCUUACACGAUGGUUGCUCUUAUUGGGCCAAGCGGAGCAGGAAAGACAACAAUGCUGAAUGCAAUCACUGGAAAGUCAAGAGAAGGACUAAAGGUUUCUGGAGAGCUACUUUUGAAUGGGAAUUUUACAGAUCCCAGGGUAUGGGAACAUGCUGUUGGAUUUGUUGGUGAGCACCUUUAUGAAUAUGAAACACAGACAGUUAAGGAGACAUUGAGGUUUGCAACGAUGAUGAUGCGUGGAGGUACAUGUGAUGAGAUUGAUACAGGAGUGUGUGAACUAGCACAGACCCUCGGUCUUAUCAAAACACUAAACACACGCAUUGGAUUGAUAUCAACGGGAGAGAAAGCAAGACUGUCACUGGGAAUAGCGCUUAUCAAGAAACCGUCGAUUCUUAUCAUAGACGAGAUCAUGAACGAUCUUGAUCAGUCUACAGCCAUUCACAUUCUUGAGAUACUGCAUGGAAUAAAGCAACAAGGAAAAGGCAUUAUGAUUGCAUUCCAGAAGAUUCCGUAUGGUGCUCUUGAUUUUUUUGAUAGUAUUAUGAUGAUUUGCCAAGGAGAGAUUGUGUUCAGUGGAGGUGUUUGUGAGUGCCUGAGGUUCUUUGCAUCACAAAGAUACCAUCUUGAAGAGUCACAGAGUGUUUCUGAGUUUCUGACUAAUGUUCUUACGGUUAACGUGUCUGGAGAGGUGUCUGAGCAGCGAAGGAUUGAUGCAAUGAAGAGAUGCUGGAAGCAAGUAGAACCUCCUGUUGUAUCAUCUAUUAUAUCACAGAUUGAUUUUCCGGUUGUAUUUGACAGGACGUUGCAAAAGUUCACGAUGAUAUUCCGACGGAACAUACUUGACUUUUUCAGAAAGACAGAGUUUUUGAAGAUUGUAUGUGUCCAGAAAAUAACCACGCUUGUGAUGCUUGUUUUUGUGUAUUUCAGACUUGAUUACACGCAGAAGGGCGUUCGAGAUAGGUUUGGGAUUCUGUCAUUUAUUGUUAUCAACUGCUUUGAAAAGACUGUUACUGUGUCGAUCAUGGUGUUUGAGACUCAUAGAAAGGUGAUUAAGAGGGAGAUAUGCACAGGCAUGUAUGGAACCACAGUGUCAUAUUUUGCAAUGCUUGUGUCUAGCUUUGUGACGUCUGGACUCUCAAACCUUGCGUAUACGAUUGUGGUUUACUGGAUGGUUGGCCUGAAUCCAAGGUUUGACAGGUUUGUGUUUUUUCUUGUGAUUCUGAUGGCUGCAUUAGUGUUUUCGAUAUCAUUUGCAAUGCUUGUUGCACUGAACACCAAGACGCAUGUACAAGCGCAGAUCCUGGGUUCGACGAUUAUCACGUCGUUUGUAAUCUUUGGCGGGACAUUUGUGAAUCAGGAUACGAUUCCUGGAUUUAUACGCUGGGCAAUAUGGCUAUCUCCGAUAUAUUAUGCGUUUGAGGCAAUGCUGCAGAACCAGUUCAAAGGGAUGCUGUUUGAGUGUGACUUUUCUGAAAGGGAUUGUAUUUGUGAUGGAGAAGAGGCGCUACAGUUCUAUGGAUUUAAGAGGAUUGGUACAGGACUGUCUACAGGCAUUGUAUUAUUGUCCACUACGCUGUGUGUUUUUCUUGGUGUUGUAUCGAUGAGGACUGUGAUAAAGCCACGAAUUGGAGAAAAAGAUUUUGAGAACAGAUCUGAGACAACAGGAAGGAUUUAA